AUGCCAGCAAUCUUUCCACAGCAGCGGAAGCUACGCUGUCCACCUCAGAACAGACCACAGAGUAUCCCGACCCAACACCACGUAGGUAGAAAUUUGGAGGGCGCAGUAAUUUCGUUCUGGAAGCAACAUUAUCAGACACCUCGUGCGCUCUCUACUGUGGAGGACGUGCGCUAUGUCCUGGCUCAUCUGCCGGUGCCCUUCAAUUACAAGCGCAUGUUGCUGUUCGCUCUUCUUCGGCACUAUCCUGAUUUGCCGAAGGACCCGAGAACUCUGCUUUUUACACAAAGAACGACAACUUCUGGAGCCAUUGCCGAAGUUGUGCGUAAAGCCUGUUUGACAGCUGAGAAGCGCAGUAAAUUGAGACAGCUCAGCGUUGUGCUCAACAUCGAUAGCGUCAGUUUACACGGGUGGUCGAGGAAACAUACUUGGCCCAUCCUCACAACUGCGUCGGAAUUAGCGAAAACGAGGCCAUUUGUAGUUAGUAUCUUCUGGGGUGUUCCCAAACCGAUUGACGUCAAAGCCCUUCUGCAAGACACGAUAAGGAAACUGCAGCUGGUUUUGGACAGCGGUUUACUCCUCCAAAUGUAUGUGUGUCUGUUCUCCUGUCACGCGGCGUUUGCGGCAAACCAGCUAGAUCGUUUAUCAAGCAAAUCAGAGAACAUUCUGGUUAUUACGGAUUUGAUAGGCGCCGACUUUCGUUCCAAUUCCAAUGCUAGACAUCAUACCGGUGUCUCCCCAUUUGAGUGGCUACCAAGUGACACGAUCAGUUCAUUCCCGCUUGGUUAUAUGCACAUGGUGUGCCUUGGUUUAGCCAAAAAGUUGCUUAAAUUUCGGGUUAUUGAUCAAGUGCAUUGUUCCUACAGAUUGUUGCAAGCGCUUGGGUCGGAAAUUAACCGCUGCAUUUCUAGUGUACACAGUCAAACCCCAAAUGAAUUCCAACAUCAUUGCUGUCCUCUCGUGGACAGUGGGCUGUGGAAAGUCACGGAGUUUCGGCAGUUUUACUCUACUCAGGGCCCGUUGUACUUGCAUGUUUGA